AUGGUGCCUCUCCUUGUGCUCUGCCUUCUUUCACCACUCUUAGUUGCCUCUGUGGAUCCACGUAAGUUAUUUAUCAUUGAUGACAUCCCUUUUCCUAUGAUGCUAUUAAGGACAAAAUGAAAGGCUAGUACUUUGGAAUCACAUACCAACUGUGCCAUCAUUUGAUGCUAAUCUCAGAGGGUUAAAAACUUUGCAGAGAACUUUCUUACCACAGGAGGAUCUGUAUGCCAGCUUGAAAACGAGGAGGGGACAGAGGGUGAAGAAAGAGCUGUGAGUGGGGGGAGAAACUUUCCCCAUCCUUUGGACCCCCUGGGAGACUUAGCGCAUCUGCUGUACCUUGAAGUGGGUGUGGAGAGGGCAGCUGAAUGGGACACAGCUGUGUGAAACCUAAGGAAGUACCAUUGACCUUGGGCUUGCCCAUGAAAAGCAAGUCUAUAGUGAGAGACUAGAUCGAUGGCCGCUGUUCUGAUUGUGAGACUUUUGUGGGUGAGCUGAGGGUGUGUUUGGACCCUGGGUGAGAACCCGGAGGCUGAGAAUGAAAGGAAUUGCUAUCCAACCUUCCAUUUCCACCACGUAUGAUAAAAGGUACCUUCUACUUCUUUACAUUUCCAACACAUAUUUAAUCUUGUUCAAUAAAUCUUUGCUAAUUCAACCGGGGUUAGAUACCACCGAUACAUCAUUUUCAUAUGGUUUUCUUUCAAUGAGGUACAUGCCAUACAUUUCAGAUCUCUCUUCCAGAGCUUUUCCCAGUCUAUCAUUUGUAUAUUGUGUGCCACAUCUUUUGCCCAUUUUAUCAUGACAGAUUUGACCUGUUCCUCUUUGGUAUUCCAUUCCAAGAGCAGAUUAUACAUUUUUGACAGUAAUUUGGUAUGGUCUAUUAUCUCUCUCUGAAAUCUUGACACUUCAUAGCUAAAUCCUUUCUUUUUAUCAUUUUUAAAGGUUUCAUUUAACUGAAAAUAUUGUAACCAAUCUGUAACCAUUUCUCUGACUUUUACAAACUCCUUUAAUUUUAACUGAUUAUCUGUAUGUUGACCAAUUUGUCAUCUGAUUCAUUUUUUAAAGAGAUAUUGCUUCUAGCGUGGAGAACCACCAUGGUGUUUUGUUUUGUUUUUUGUUCUGAUAGAUCUUUAUAUUUCUCCCAGACUUAAAAAACUGAUUUUCUUAUUAUAUGAUUCCAAAAUCAUUUAUGUAAUUUUGCCUUAUGGUACCAUAUAUACGCAUGCCAGUCAAAUCUGUUGUCAUGGCCUUCUAAAUCUAGCAAAUCUGUAUCUUUUACUUUUAUCCAAUCCUGGAUCCAGCAGAUGCAAGAUGCUUCAUAAUAUAAUCUUAAAUCCGGUAGAGAGAAACCUCCUCUAUCUUUGAUGUCUGUUAGUACGUAGUUUAUAUUUUAUUCUUGGUUUCUUCCCUUUCCAUAUAAAUUUUGAAAUAUUUUUUUGCCAUUCUUUGAAGCAGCUCGAAUUGCUUCUCACUGGGAUUGAUUGGAAUAAAAACAACAUUUUUGGCAAUACAUUCAUCUCAGUCACUGAAAUUCUUUCUAACAAUGACAAAUUCAUUCUUCCCCAAAUUUCUAAAUUCCUUUUUAUUUCUUUUCCAAAUUUUCUCAUUAUUGUCUUUAAAUAUCUUAAUAUUCUUGUCUAUCAACUAUAUUCCCAAAUAUUUAAUUUUUGUAUGUAUAUUUAUCUCUGUCAUCUGCCCCCUUAUUUUUCUGAGGUAUUUAACCUCUCCCAUUGUCCUAAUUGUCCUCUCAAGGAGGGGGGGAGGCUCCUCCAAUCACAGAGCCACAGCAGAACUUCUCCCAUUAUAUUUGUUAUGUCUUCACUCUGAUAUAAUUUUGUUCAGCCUUUACUUUCUUCUUCCAGCCCUUAAGUGUCAACAAGGAACUGAAGGUUCUGAGGUUUCAGACUGUGCCAGUGGUUUGAAUGCCUGCGUGGUCAUCAAGGACGAGAGCACAAUGUUUGGUAAGGAAGAUGUUGGCCUUGCCUGGUGGCAUGCGCCACGCUGUGCCACAAUCUAUCCAAUGGAUAGAUUGGACAGUCCAUUAGGACUGGUAUGGAAGAAGGCCAAUGAUGGGCAGUGCCAAAUCAUUCUACUUUCGUCCCCAUCUCCUGCUCCCAGCUGAGUUCUGCAAGGGACAACUCUGAGACUAAGAAGGAGUUGGAAGCUGGUAGCAGACCCUCCAAGUUUCCCUAUUUUGCAGGGACAGUCCCGGAUUUACAGAAGCUGCCCCGGUUUCUGAUUUGAUCCUGGAAUGCCCUGCAUUUCCUUAGGAUGACCCUAUUUUCAUUGAAUAAAUGUUGGAGGGUAUGGAGUUAUCCGACCCCUGAACCAAGGAGAUAAGUAACCAUGCAACCUUUAGAAGACAUCUGAAGACCGCCCUGCAUAGGGAAGUUUGUAAAUGUUUUAUUAUGUUUUUAUAUAUGUUGGAAGCCACCUAGAGUGGCUGGGGCAACCCAGUCAGAUGGGUAGGGUAUAAUAAUAAUAAUAAUAAUAAUAAUAAUAAUAAUAAUAAUAGAAAAGGAAGUAUCCCAUACCAGGACUUUCUCCUCUACCACUGCCCACCAAGAGUGGGCAAACAAUAAAUGUAAAUUAUAGCUUUAUAGGCUAGGUUCCGCUCACAAACACCCAUCUCUCUCUCUCUCUCUUUCAUCCAGUCAAGGAAAACAAGAAUCAUUGUCAGAUUUCAAAUACAUAUACCAGCCAGGGAAACACACUCAAGGUGGAUGUAAAAUGAAGUUGGUAAGGGGUGUGGAUUGGGCCGUUUCUGAAUGGUCAGAAACAGAAAGAGGUUGCUUUUGAUCCACAGAACUGAGGUUCUUCACAAUUGAUCUGGAACUUCCAAAGCUUAAUUCAGCAAGAUGGAGGCGCUUGUACUCUAGCAAGCCAUAUUCCCUUGGGAGAACUUGGAACAGAUGGAAAGGCAAGGCAGAGCGGAGACCACAGAGUUCGGCAGAGAAUGAAGGAUUCUGGGGAAUGAGCUCUCCUGACAUGUUGUCUGUCUUUUUCCUUUUCUGGUAUACAGGGGUCAAGUUUACUACAACAUUCUAUACAUGUGGGAAAAAUGAUUCUUGUGCCAAUGCUUUUACCAUCACCAUAGGAGACGGGAAACAUUUACGCUCCAGCUCUGCUUGCUGUACUGAAGAUGGGUGCAACAAAAACUUAGAUUGGGGAAGUAAGUCAUCACCUGCCCCUCUCUGAUAUCAGAAUUGCAAACCUGGACCCCUCCCAAAGUUCUUUUUAUAGUGCAUUCAGGGUGAUUUGUGCUCAUGGUGCUAUGGGUCCAGUCACACACAAUUCCACUCUCAAUACUGUUUGCGUGUGCAGAGGUAUUGGGCUGGUCAUACUGCUUCAUUUCCAAUCAGUGCACAACCCAUUAUUUCCUGCUGAAACCUUUCAUGCCACAAAUGUCCUGGUUUAUUUACGUCUCACUUCUGUUGCUCCACAGCCCCUCCAGUCAGCAAUAAUGCAGUAGGAAACACCACAGGACAAAUGAAACCAGGAGAAAUCCAUCACCAAUGCAGUGUUAUAGUUUGAAGAACAUGGUGCACAAAUGACCCAGCAAUAAAACACCAGUCUGGUGGGGCCCUUGGUUUCAGAAUGAUGAAAACAUUCUCAAUUUGCUUUUGAAACUUGGCAGGAACAGGGUGGAGUGGAGGAAGUUUUAGUCCCUCCACACCUUUCAUCCUAACACAAGACAGGAAAGGUGUCAAACUUGUGACUCUAGACCUCAUUCUUUUAUUCUGACAAAGAAUAUGCUAACAAAGACCUGGGAGUGGGGAGGACUCAGUGGGUGGUUUUGUGAAUGCAUCAGGAAGGCUGCGGCUGCUGUGUCUGUGUGAAGCAGGCCUGUCAAUGAUCCAGCGGGGCUCUUCGGAGAUUCUUAUGUAAAAACUUUCCAUAUAUGACAAUUUGCUUCUUCCUUCUUUGCUUCCUAGUUCUUCCAACUACUUGGACUCAGAAUGGGUACAUUUGUCCAACUGGAUGUUAUGCUCAGACGGAGGAGAAAUGCAAGGGUGGACCGGUCUCAUGCACAGAUGGUCAAAUGAAUUGCAUCAGUGCAACAGGAAGCUCUGGUAACCCUGAAGGGAAUUAGGAAGGGAGGAGGAGGGUCAGGCUUGGCCUGGUUGUGAGUCAGAAGGCAGGCUGAUGGGGGCUGGGUGAGGGCAGACUGAAAUGGAAGGGGUCGUGCCCCAUUUGCUGUACUAGAGCAGCUGCCACUGACACCUGCUGAUGAUCCCCAUAUUUACCUGCAGGAGCCAAGAAGUUCGUCCUGCAUGGUUGUGGAACAAGCAAUAUGUGCGGUGUAGAGAACUAUGCACUGACCAUUGGAGGAAUCCUCUACAAAAUCAAAACAAUAACAUGUGUCCCUGCUGCAGAAAAAGCAGAUCCUCCAAAACCUUAAAGAGCCAGAAAUUCUGCAUCAGCCACAACUUGGAAACCAGCCACAACUCCUAAAGCAACAAUACCUAGUGCCAACCAUACCUUGGGGAAGAACUCCUUCCUUCUCUUGCUACCCAUGAUCUCCAGCAUUCCCUUUAUGAGGUUUCUCUCCUGAGCUCUCUUUCAAUGCCAGCCACUUUGAAGGAUUCAUGCCAUGAGCAUUCUGGCACUGGAAUGGACAGAUAUUUCAAAUUACAGUGCUAUUAAGUUUCUCAAUUUUUUAACCUUAAAUUCAAUUCUCGGCAUUUCUACAGCAAUUAGCUUCUUAAAAAAACUAUUGAAAAUCUGCUCACAUUUUAGCGUGGAUUUACCCUAAUAAACACAGCGUUUACAUGCAGUUUGAACAAUAGACACAGAAUGUUUUUAUCCCUAAUAUAUGCACUUUCCUCACAUAAAUACAUUUUUGUAUACAAUGUUUGGCUUAUGAACUACAUUGCAAAAUUAUGAGAAACAUGAAAUUUUAAGGCUGAGUUUUAGUUUGCAUAUUGGUCUGGAAAGUGCAAAUGAGUUAGUUUCUCAUUAAUAGGCAUACAAAAUUGAAUUUCUUCCUCAUCCUGACUUGAGUAUCACAAUACCUCCCCCACCUCCUCCAAAGUGUGUUUUUGAAGCUCCAGGCUGUUUUCUGAAUGAAAGAUUGCAGGCCCAAUAAAGAAUAUUUAGUCCAAAAAUGGUUUUGUUUGUUUCUUCCGGAUGGUUAUCAGCAAUAAUUUACUGCAGUGAAGGUCCCAACCAGAGGCUCCUUGCAUGGCUGGGUGGGGUGCUAAAAGAGGUCCUUGUGUUUCUUCAUAAUAUACUUUUAAUUGUAUCGAUUUAAAAAGUGAUUCAACCAUUCUGGGGCAGAAAAACAAAUACAAAAUAAAACAACUCAUUAGCUAUGUCUGAAAUUAUUGUAUACAGUGAUACCUCAGGUUAAGAACUUAAUUUGUUCUGGAGGUCCGUUCUUAACCUGAAACUGUUCUUAACCUGAAGCACCACUUUAAGUAAUGGGGUCUCCUGCCGCCGCCACGGGAUUUCUGUUCUCAACCUGAAGCAAAGGUCUUAACCCAAGGUACUAUUUCUGGGUUAGCGGAAUCUGUAACCUGAAGUGUCAGUAACCUGAGGUACCACUGUAUAUAAAAAGAGAGGAAUCUCAUUUAAAAAGAGUUAGAAAACCUAAACUCAAAAUCAGAAGUAGAAAAUCUUUAAUAAAAAAUAUUUUUUUAAAGAAGAAGAAGAGGAGGAGGAAGAGGAGGAGGAGGAAGUGGGGUGGUUAGAGGGAUGGGUGAAGAUCUGUAUGUUACCUUUUCCAGUUUGCAUUGCUCUAAAGUUUUUGGACUACUAGAAGUGGAUUAGGCUAGCAUAGAAACACACAAACAUCUUUCUUCCUGCUGACACCAUUCACCAAUCUCAUUAUCAUUCCCUCUACAUUAACCCCCCAAGCUUCCUUUCCUUACCCCACACAGUUAUUAACCUCCAACCCCCAUUUCUUCAUGCAAAACUAGGAUUCUGAUGGCGCACUGGAAAUCUUCCAAUGCGAUCCUGCAACUAUGACCACCUUACGUUUUUGUUUUGUUUUUAAAUGUAAAAAAUGCACUGAGAGACUGGGGGACAUGACUUGAUGAUAAUAAUAAUAAUAAUAAUAAUAAUAAUAGCAGCAACAACAACUUCUUCUUCUUCUUCUUCCUCUUCUUCUUCUUCUUCCUACCCCGCUCAUUUGGCUGGGUUUCCCUAGCUACUCUGGAUGGCUAUCAACAAAAUAUUAAAAACACUGUAAAACAACAAAAAUUAAAAACUUCCCUAAACAGGACUCCUUUCAGAUGUCUUCCAAAAGUCAGAUAGUUCUUUAUUUCAUUGACUUCUGGUGGAAGGGCAUUCCACAAGGCAGGCACCACUACUGAGAAGGCCCUCUGCCUGGUUCCCUGCAACCUCACUUCUUGCAGUGAGGGAAACACCAGAAGGCCCUCAGCGCUGGACCUCAGUGUCCUGGCUGGAUGAUGGGGGUGGAGACGCUCCUUCAGGUAUACUGGACCGAAGGUGGUUUAGUGCUUUAAAGGUCAGCACCAACACUUUGAAUGUUGCUCAGAAACAUACUGGAAGCCAAUGUAGGUCUUUCAGGCCCAGUGUUAUGUGGUCUCAUUGGCCACUCCCAGUCACCAGACUAGCUACCACAUUCUGGAUUAGUUGUAGUUUCCAGGUCACCUUCAAAGGUAGCCCCACAUAGAGCACAUUGCAGUAGUCCAAGCAGGAGAGAACUAGAGCAUGCACCACUCUGACAAGACAGGGUCUCAGCCUGCAUACCAGAUGGAGCUGGUAGACAGCUGCCCUGGACACAGAAUUAACCUGCGCCUCCAUGGACAGUUGUGAGUCUGAAAUGACUCCCAGGCGGUGCACAUAGUUCUUCAGGGGCAUAGUUACCCUAUUCAGAAGCAGGGAGUCCCCCAUACCAGCCUGCCCCCUAUCCCCCAGAAACAGUACUUCUGCCUUGUCAGGAUUCAACCUCAAUCUGUUAUAUGCCAUCCAUCCUCCAACCGCCUCCAUACAUUCACACAUGACAUUCACUGCCUUCACUUGCUUUGAUUUGAAAAAGAGGCAAGCUGGGUAUCAUCUGCAUACUGAUGAACAGUCAGCACAAGCCCCCUGAUGAUCUCUCCCAGAAGCUUCAUAUAGGUAUUAAAAAGCAUGGAGGAGAGGACAGAACCUUGAGGCACCCCACAAGUGAGAGCCCAGGGGUCUGAACACUCAUUCCCCAACACCACUUUCUGGACAUGGCCCAGGAGGAAGGAACGGAACCACUGUAUAACAGUGCCCCAGCUCCCAGCUCCUUUAAAUGGCUCAGAAGGAUGUCAUGGUUGAUGGUAUCAAAGGCCGCUGAGAGAUCCAGCUGAACUAAGAAACAGCUUUCACCUUUGUCCCUAGCCCGCUAGAGAUCAUAGACCAGCACAACCAAGGCAGUUUCAGUCCCAUGAUGGGGCCUGAAUCCCAAUUGGAAGGGAUCCAAAUGGUCCGCAUCCUCCAGGCAUGCCUGGAGUUGUUCCGCAACCAACCACUCACUCCCCUUGCCCAAGAAUGGAAGAUUUGAGACUGGGCAAUAGUUGGCCAUAUUGGCCCGGACCAAAUAUGUUUUUUAAAGAAAUGGUUUAAUAACCACCUCUUUUAGUGGGUCUGGGAAGGCUCCCUCAUAGAGGGAAGCAUUCACCACCCCACAGAGCCCAUCGCCCAGCCCUUUACAGCUGGCUUUUAUGAGCCAGGAUGGGCAAGGAUCAAGGAGACAGAUGGUUGGUUUCAUUCAUCCAAACAACCUUCCACAUCCUUGGAGGUAACAGAUUGGAAUUGAUCCCAUGCAACUUGACCAGACAGGACUCUAGUACUCUCCCCCGGCCCUGCUCCCAUGGUGGAGUCUAUCUCUUUCCGAAUCUGAGAGACUUUAUCUGCAAAAGAGUUGCAAAAUCAUUGCAGGAGAUCUUGGGAUCCUUACUAGGCCCCGAUAGCAAAAGUGGUUCUGUUGGAUUACGAACCACCUGAAAGAGUUUCCUGCUGCUGUCUUCUGCAGAUGCAAUAGAGGCAGUGAAGAAGGUCCUCUUCACUGUCGCUGUCACCACUUGAUAGGCUUGACAUUGAGCUCUAACCCAUUUCUGGUUCGAUUCAGAAUGAGUUUUCCGCCACCAGCACUCUAGUCAUCUCAACGAAUGUUUCAUUGCCCUCAGCUCUGCAGAAAACCACGGGGCUGUCCAGGCUCCAUACAAUUGGAGAGGGUGCUUCGGAGCCAGACAGUUCAUAGCCCUGGUUAACUCUGCAUUCCAGUGGGUCACCAGGGAAUCAGCUGAAAGGCCAUCAACAUGGGAAUAAUAAUAAUAAUAAUAAUAAUAAUAAUAAUAAUAAUAAUAAUAUUUAUAACCCGCUCAUCCCCCAUCACCACUUUCUGGACACAGCCCAGGAGGAAGGAGUGGAACACUGUAUAACAGUGCCCCCAGCUCCUCUAGAUAGUCCAGAAGAAUGUUAUGAUUGAUGGUAUCAAAUGCCACCGAGAGAUCCAACCCCUGCCACUCCCUGGAAACCAUUUGGAUCCAUUAAGUGAUGGGGUGGGGCCAAGCUUGCUAUAGCUAUGAGAGGAGCAAUGAGAGAUACUCUUGGGGUGUCAUAUUCUGCACUUCCUCCACUGAAGGUUUUAGGUGCAAAUAUGUGUGAAUAAACCAUAUUUCUAAGACAUUGCAGACUCUGCUGUGUCCUGAUUUUCUAAUGGAAAAACACAAAUCUUGAGUGCCUGGAACCCCCUAGAAACUUGUUACCACACGGCAGAAACUGAGGUACAAGUUGAAUGGGAUGUCUUCCCUGUCCCUAUCCUCAAGCUUCUUAGCUGCUGCACCAGAGGGACUGAAACCCCACCCAGAACAACAAUCAUCUGACUAUCAUGCAUAGAGCUAGUCAGGGGACUGCAAGUGGGGUGUGGGCUUCAGUAGGUGCCCAGUGAGGCCAAUGUCAGAGGCUGACUGUGCCAAAGGCUACAACCCUGUUUGCAUUUGCAACAAAGCCAGGGGACUGUGAUACGGGCAACAAUGGCAGUUUUAUUGCCAGGCAGUUAAUCCAGCACUUCUGUUUUGGGAGUCAAUCUCUGAACCUAGAGGAAUGGCCUGAAUUCAUGCCAGUUGAACAGUAACAGCAAGAUCCAAGGACAUAGUGCAGCUCAGCUUUCUGCAGCAGAAGUAAGGAGGUCUGCAUCAGGGUUGGAAAACGAUUGCCCAUGAGUUGGGCGAUCAACAAAUCCUUUGUCAAAGGAGAGACUCUCUCAGACACAGACCACUGUCUUCAUCCCUUUCUCAAUGGUGCCAGUCCAAGCCACUCCUGAACCACUAUGAUGCCAAACACCCAUUGCCUCCCCCAAAGAAUUCAGGGGGCUAUAGUUUAAGAGGGCAGAGAAUUGUUUGGAGACUCCCUUUUUUCGACACAGAGCUACAAUUCUCCACCCCUCUCCUCAGGGAACACAGAAAUUGGAGCUCUGGGUCAGGAUUUGGGGUCUCCUAACAACUCUCAGCACCUUUAACCACUCCCAGAAAUGUUUGGGGGAAGUGGCAGAGGAAAGUGAUAGACUAUAUGGAACUGGCUGAGAUGACCGGCAGAAUUCGAGAUCAGGAAGAAGGGUCGAUGGAAGAAGACUGGAAAAAAUUUAAAAUAUAUCUUCAGAAACACUGUAAUAUAAAAGAAUGUUAGAAAAGGUUGGAGAAGAAUAUUAGAUCGUAUUGGCAGACAGAGUAUAAUGGAAUAAGUAAAUAUGAAGUGUAAAAUAAAGAUAGAGGAGAAUUAAAUACUUUCGAAUGUUAAAAUAAGUAAAUGAAAAGAAGGUUAGAAGGAUUUGCUGGAGAUACGAUUCAAAUUAGAAUACAAAGCAGAGAGGUGAGAGGAAGUCAUGGAAACAAGUAAAUGGGAAGACGGUUGUAAUGGUUUAAUUUGAUUUUUGUUAUUUUUUAUUGUGAUUUUUUGUCUUUUGUAUUUUUCUUUUUACUGUUUAUCUUUUGUAAGAUGUAUGUGAUUUUUUUUGUUUUUCUUUACUUUUUUCUUUUUCUGUAAUUUCAAAAUUGGAAUAAAUAUUUAAAAAAAAAAGAAAAAAAGAAAUGUUUGGGGGAAGCGUACUGUCUGGACAUGGGUUUAGGGCUGAUCCACAUAUCUGCUUGUUCCCUGCCUAGAAAUCAUGGGUCCAAGUGAUUUGAGCGGUUGUCCCCUUACCUCACUCCUUUUGCAUGGAAAACCCGCUCUUUAGUGCUCAAUCAGAACAAACAUCCAUCUGCGGGAAAAAACCCAAUUGCCAUUUGCUCCAACUGUGUGCUAAAGAGCUGCUCCCCCAGUGGAAAGCAGUGGGACAAGGGGAAGUGUGAAUAAGCCCUUAGUUUUUUCUAGGGCUUGGUAACACAUGUCACACUAUGGGGGAAACACAGCCAGAGACAGCAGCCCAUGAAAAACACAAUGAACUUCUUUGGCUGCUAAACAGGAAGUGGGUAGAUAUGUCACGUACCUGACCAGAUGACCCACAAAAUGGCUGGUGGAGAUUUAUUUGUUUGCUUAUGGAAUUUAUAUCGUGGCCUUUAACCAAAACAGUGGACUAUAAAAAUUAUGACUAAGAUGGUUCCUGCAUUCCAGCUUCACACCCUAAAAAGACACAUCACAUGCAGAAAAAGCAAGGGGAAGGAGGAGGGAAAAGCAAGCUCAAGCAUAUGUUCUUGAAGUCACAGCCUGUCAGUCUUCAGGGAAUCUGAUCCCCCCACAGAAGGCUGCUAGGAAUAGAGGAAACAAGGAAAGUUCUUUCCAAUGGCUUUUAUUCAAUAUUCACAGAGAGAGCCUUAGAAAUGCAGCCUCUUCUCUCAACUUCCUCAAUCAUCAACAGCACCACCCACCUUAUGGUGGCCACUUAGGGUCAUUUGUGUCCGAGUCCUUUGCUCUCCUACUUUCAAUGCCCACCGGGUUCUGGGAGAAGGGGAGUCUGGAAUGCUUUCUAGUGACAACUAUCUGAAGAAGUGUGCAUGCACACAAAAGCUUAUACCAAGAACAAACCUAAUUGGUCUCUAAGGUGCAACUGGACAUUUUUAUUAUUUUUUAUAUAUAUUUUGACUGCAUCAGACCAACACAGCUGUGUACCUGAAUCUAGUGACAAUGUGUCAGCCAACUGCUCUCACUCUGCCUCCUCCUUUGCCUUUCAUCUGCCUCUGAGCUAUGACCUCCUGCAAACCAAUGUUGUAAAUCUAUACGGUCUUCUUCUUCUCUGGAAGGUUCAGGCUAGGGAGGCAGUGUCCAUCGCUAUUCCUCUGUCCAGUCCCUGACACAGCCUGGCCACUCAUGCCACUCAUGCCACUCAUGGUUCAGCCUGUCUUUUGCUUCAAUAAAAAGCAAUCCCACCCCAAAACGACUCCACACAUACACAGAAACACACACCAGGGAUACCAAAUCCUAGGGCCCCCACUCUUCUGGGUCCUCCAUAUUUUUGGGGGGUGACCCCCUCAUGUUCCAAACAAUCUGGGGGCAGAGGAGAAUGAGCAUGGAGCCAAGUGUGGGGUGGCAAAACCUGUCACCCUCCAGGUGUUGUUGGACUGGAGUUCCCGUCAGUCCCAGCCAGCAUCGCUAAUGGUUAGGGAUGAUGGAAGCUGCAUCCAUAUCAACAUCCAGAGGGCCACAGGCUCACCAUCCUUGAGUUUUGAGGCUCCUCACUGAACUUUCCCUGUUUUCUGGAGCUGGCUGCACUAAUCUCAGAACAUAGCAGGCAAUAAAUGAUAAUAUGGCAGGGUGAGGAAGACGUGGGUCCAGAUCUCCACUCAUCUAUGAAACUCCUUGAGUGAUGCACUUUGGGCUACCCCAGGGGUUGGCAACCCAAGGCUCAUGGGCCACAAGCAGCCCACAGGGGUCAUUUAACCGGCCCAUGAGCUGCCUCCAAACCAAGUUGCCUGCUUGGGGAGUCCCUGCGCGCUGCUCUAAACUGGCACAGCGUGGCACAGGGGCUCGCUUCUGCGGCGCUGGAAAUCACAUCUGCGUAUGCGCAGAUGCUGGAAAUCGCGUCUGCGCAGAUACAGACACUAAAAAUUGCCAUCUGGCCCAUGGAGGGAUCUCUGCUGGAGUGAACUGGCCCAUGCGAGGUAAACCAUGCCGACCCCUGGGCUACACACUAUCUCUCAGCCUAACCUACCUCACAGGGUUGUUGUUAGAAUAAUAGGGUGCUCCUGCCUGCCUGCUUGAGGAUCCAUAGAGGAGCGGGGGAAUAAAUGGAAUAAGUAAUAAUAUGCAAGGUACAUGUCAAACAUCCCUAAAAGUAGAAAUGCAUCAGGUUUGCCAUCAAUUUUGGCAAAUUUGUUGUCAGAAUCCACCGUUCAUUCCAGGAAGUCCUUGCACAAUAAGAGAAGCAUCUCCACCCAUUUUCUUUAUGGGUAUUUACACUACACAACACUCCUUUUACUGUGGUUCAUUGGAGCAACUCCCUAAAAGAUGUUACUGGAGACCCAUCUAUAAAACGUCCUUUGCCCAUACAUCUGGGCGCAAGAAGCACUCAAGCUCAGCAAUGAUCUUAGCCCUACCUUACGGCACCAUGGUGCCUCUCCUUGUGCUCUGCCUUCUUUCGCCACUCUUAGUUGCCUCUGCGGAUACAUGUAAGUUAUUUAUCAUUGAUCACAUCCAUUUUCCUACUAUGCUGUUAGGGACAGACGGAAUACCAGCACUAUGGAAUGACAUAUCAACUGGGCCAUUGUUUGAUGCUAAUCUAGGGGGGUUAAAAAGUUUGAGCAGAAUGUUCUUGCCACAGACUGAUCUUUUAGCAAAAGGAGGAGAUGAGGUGCAUGCAAUAGCUAGUGUCCCCCCCCCCCCCAUUUGGACUUCCACGCUAGCUUUUGAGUGGAUGCAUUUGGUGAUACGGAAUCAUAGAAUCAUAGACUGGUUAGUAAGUAAUCUGUUAAGCCUGCUGUAAGUUCUAAAGGUGUUGGCUGAAAUAUACAGUAUUCAGCUAAGUGCUACUCGGAGUAUGUAUAUUGCAAUGGAUGAGCCUAAGUCAUGUUCUCUAACUUCGAAAGGUCUAUUUGUAGUAGGUAAAAAGGGUAAUGGUAAAUUACUUCUGGAAGGUUAAGUCCAGUAGGGCUAGCAUUGGGAGGCAUAUUUUGCAUGGGAUUGAUUGAUUGAUUGUAUCGCCCUAUACCCUCAGGUCUCAGGGCAGUUCACAGGAUAAAAUCAGAAUAUAAAGCUACAAAAUACAUACAUACACGCAUGCACACACACACACACACACACACACACACACCCCAACCCAGGUAGCUACGUCACCUGCCGUGUAACCAGCAAAAUGCUAUUGCCUUGGUCGUUUUCUUUUUUUAAUAAAAUAUUUAUUGGUUUUACAAGAAAAAAUUCCAGAAAAUACAAAAUUACAAAAAUUCAACAAACAAAAAACAACAAUAACCAUGACAAAAAAUAAACAGAAAUAACAGUAUCCAUAACAAAGAAUGAAAAAAAAAGAAAAAGAAAAGAAAACAGAAAAAUUUAAAAAAUAUUGUACUUUCAUUUAGCCUUCUUAUCUUUACCUAGUUCUUUGACUUCCCCACAUCUCCCCGCUUGCAUUUCCAUUUAAAACCUCCUUUCAGCAAAUCCUUACCCUCCUUUCUUAUCUUAACUCAAAAAACUCAAUGUAUUUAUAUAUAAGUAUUUUAACAACCUUAUCCAUCAAAUAUUCCAUACUCUUAAUCACAAAACUUUUGCCAAUACCAGUUAUUUUCAAUCAGACUUCAAUUUAACAUUCAUUAAUUUUAUAGUAUUUCUGUAGAUAGACUUUGAAUUUCUUCCAAUCUUCUUCCACCGACUCUUCUCCCUGGUCGCGGAUUCUGCCAGUCAUCUCGGCCAGUUCCAUAUAUUCGAUUACCUUCAUCUGCCAUUCUUCCAGAGUGGGUAGAUCUUGUGUCUUCCAAUACUUUGCAAUGAGUAUUCUUGCUGCUGCUGUUGCAUACAUAAAAAAAGUUCUGUCUUUCUUUUGCACCAAUUGGCCAACAAUGCCCAGGAGAAAGGCCUCUGGUUUCUUUAGAAAGGUAUACUUAAAUACCUUUUUUAACUCAUUAUAUAUCCUUUCCCAAAAGGCCUUAAUCUUUGGGCACGUCCACCAAAUGUGAAAGAAUGUACCUUCAGUUUCCUUACAUUUCCAGCAUUUAUUAUCGGGCAAAUGAUAGAUCUUUGCUAGCUUGACCUUGGUCGUUUUCUACUGCUGGUUGAUCUUCUCUUGGCUUUCUUGACAAAAUCUCAGUGUGCCGUAGGCAGUGGUGGGACUGGGGCCAUUGAAGGCAUGGGGGGGGGGAUAUGCCACUCUUAAUGACGCAGAAAACUGGUGUUUGUUAGUACACCAUCUCUAUACAGCACUCAAAUGCCAGCUGUGCACCCCAUUUCACAGGAGCAGCACGCACAGGAUCUGCCACGUAAAGUUUUUUCUUUUUCUUUUUCCAAAUAUCCUUCAUUGGAUCUGUUUUCCUACUAUGUGGUCAGGGACAAAAUUGGAAUCACAUACCAACUGUGCCAUCGUUUAAUGCUAAUCUUGGAGGGUUAAAAACUUUGCAGAGAACUUUCUUACCACAGGAGGAUCUGUAUGCCAGCUUGAGAACGAGGAGGGGACAGAGGGUGAAAAAAGAGCUGUGAGUGCAGGGAGAAACUUUCCCCAUCCUUUGGACCCCCUGGGAGACUUAAUACAUCUGCUGUACCUUGAAGUGGGUGUGGAGAGGGCAGCUGAAUGGUACACAGCUGUGGGAAGCCUAAGGAAGUAUCAUUGACCUUGGGCUUGCCCAUGAAAAGCAAGUCUAUAGUGAGAGACUAGAUCGAUGGCUGCUGUUCUGAUUGCGAGACUUUUGUGGGUGAGCUGAGAGUGUGUUUGGACCCUGGGUGAGAACCAAGAGGCUGAAAAUGAAAGGAAUUGUUGAAUUAUUUGAAGAGCAACUGUAACCAACAAAUUAAGCUAGUAGGACUACAAGAAGUUUUGUAAGGAGAAAUAUGCUAAGUGUUUCAAAGUAGAAAAAGAUAGAGAUAUUGGUUAUGAGUUUGAAAUGUAAUAGGGAAAAUAAGAAAUGCAUACUAAGAAAUUAGAUUGGAAAAUUUUCAGACAGGACUGAUGGAAGUCAAAAAAAUUGAAUAAGAUGUAAAAGUAUGUUUAAUUACUGUUGAAAAUGAUAUGUUAAAAAACUAAUAAAAUUUAUAUAUAUAAAAAAGAGAUAGAAAGGAAUUGCUACUGAUUUAUAUAUAUAUUAGUAAUGUUAUAUUAAUGUAACGUUUUUAUAUGUAACUGUGUAUUUUUGUAAUGUUUUCUUUAAGUUGUCUGUUGUUGCUUCGGCUUUUUAUACACCUCAUAGCAGGGGCCCCCCCAACUUGAAUAAAAUAUUGGGGAGGGGCAGGUAAUCCCCGCCCUGCAUGAUCAAUCACAUGACAUGGUGCACACACAGCAUUUGAAUGGCAAUGCCCAUCUUCUUGGGGGGGCCCUCCCCCCGACAUAUUUUAUGGGGGGAGGGCAAAGGGACCUUGGCCCCUAGGAAUUGGCUCCUUUGCCUUUAGAGAUAAUUUUAAUAUAUUAAGCAGCAUAGAAAUUAAGUAAUCUAUCAAUCAAUAAUCAAUUAAGGGCUAGAUUCUGUAUUUGGUGGGACACAGGUGGCACUCUGAGAAGGUCGGCAGUUCGAAUCCCCAUGAUGGGGUCAGCUCCCGUUGCUUGGUCCCUGCUCCUGCCAACCUAGCAGUUCGAAAGCACGAAGUGCAAGUAGAUAAAUAGGUACCGCUCCAGCGGGAAGGUAAAUGGCAUUUCCGUGCGCUGCUCUGGUUCGCCAGAAGUGGCUUAGUCAUGCUGGCUAAGCUGUAUGCUGGCUCCCUCGGCGAAUAAAGCGAGAUGAGCCCCACAACCCCAGAGUCGUCCGCGACUGGACCUAAUGGUCAGGGGUCCCUUUACCUUUACCUCUGUAUUUGGUAGAAAAACACAGGAACAGCCUGCAGGAUCAGGCCAGUAGCCCAUAUUGUCCACAAUCCUAUUCUCAGCCAGAUGCCUAUGGGAAUCCCACAACUCAGACCUGCAACAGCAUUCUCUUCACUUGUGAUUCCCAGAAACUGGCUUCCAGAGACAUUGCUGCCUUCGUGGUAGACAGAAAGCAUAGCCAUCACACUGAGUCACCACUGAGAAUCUUCUCCUACCUGAAUUUCUCUAAUGCUCUUUUAAAGUUGGAGGCCAUCACUGUCUCCUAUGGGAGGAAGAAGGAAUGGAAAUAGACUGUUCAAAGUCGACAUAAUUCCCUGCUUUCUUCCCCCUGUCCACCCAAGAUGGCCUUUUGAUUAGCUAGAAAACACAUGUGCAUUAAAAUUUGUAAAUUAUGACAACAACCUUCAUGUAAAGCACAUGACAUUCCCCAAAUAAUAAUGGGAACUGUAGUUGGUUCAGGGUGCUGGGAAUUGUUGUUCUGUGAUGGGCAAAUUACAGUUCCCGCGAUUAGGUUGUGUGUGUGUGUCGUGUGUUUUAAAUAAACUUUUAAUGUAUGGUGUGUACACAGCCAAGUUCUUAUCCAGCAGAACGCAUUUCACACUGUGAUGAGCACUCUAGGAAAAACUUUGCCCAGAGUCAGCAUUAUGCACUGAAUGGGACACGGGCCUUCCCCAUUUUGUCCAAUGCAUGAGGGCUCUUCAGUCCCAUAGUUGAAUGAUGCCCUUCUCUCUUCUUCCAGCUGUCUUGAAGUGUGUACAAGGAGCAGAAGUUUCUAACGCUUCGGACUGUGUCAGCGGUUUGGAUGCCUGCGUGCUCAUCAGGGACCAGAGCACCAUGCUUGGUAAGGGAGGUGUUGGCCUUGCCUGGUGGCAUCCUCCACGCUGUGCCACAAUCUAUCCAAUGGAGGCUGGUGCCCAUUAGGACUGGUAUGGAAGAAGGCCAAUGAUGGGCAGUGCCAAAUCAUUCUACUUUCACCCCCAUCUCCUGCUCCCAGCUGAGUUCUGCAAGGGACAAGCCUGAGACUAAGGAGGAGUUGGACCCUCCAAUUUUCCCUAUUUUCCAGGGACAGUCCUAGAUUUGCAGAAGCUACCCCGGUUUCUGAUUUGACCCUGGAAUGUCCUGCAUUUCCUUGUGCCGUCCCUAUUUUCACUGGAUAAAUGUUGGAGGGUAUGGAGUUAUCCGACCCCCAAACCAAGGAGAUAAGUAACUAUACAGCCUUUAGAAGACAUCUGAGGGCAGCUCUGUAUACGGAAGGUUUUUAAAAAAAUGUUUAUUUAUGUUUUUAUAUAUGUUGGAAGCUGCCCAGAGUGGCUGGGGCAACCCAGUCAGAUGGGCAGGGUAUAAAUAGUAUAAAUAAUAAUAAUAAUAAUAAUAAUAGAAUAGGGGGUCCCUAUUUCCAUCAGGAAAAUAUAGUGGGUCCUCCUUGAACAGGUGGAUGCCAGCAGAGGGCAGACUGAGGCUUGGACAGGAAGUACCCCAUUCUUUCUCCUCUACCAAUUUUAGCUUUAUAGGCUAGGUUCUGCCCACAAUCACCCAUCUCUCUCUCUAUCUUCCACUUGGUCAAGGAAAACAGAAAUCAUUAUCAGAUUUCAAUGACAUAUACCAGCCAGGCAAACACACUCAAGGAGGAUGUAAAACAAAGUUGGUAAGGGGUGUGGAUUGGGCCAGUUCUGAAAGGUCAGAUACAGAAAGAGGUUCCCUUUGGUCCACAGACCUGAGGUUCUUCACCAUUGAUCUGGAACUUCCAGAGUUUCUUCAGCAAGAUGGAGGCUCUACUCCACUGAGCCAUAUUCCUUUGGGAGAACUUGGAAAGGAUGGAAGGGCAAGGCAGAGCGGAGACCAUCGAGUUGAGCAGAGAAUGAAGGAUUCUGGGGAAUGAGCUCUCCUGACCUGUUGUUUGUCUUUCUCUUCUUCCGGUAAACAGGCACCGAGUUUGACACAACAACCUAUUCAUGUGGAAAAAGUGAUUCUUGUGUCAAUGCUUAUAACAUCACCAUAGGAAAAGAGAAACAUUUGCGCUCCAGCUCUGCUUGCUGUACUGAAGAUGGGUGCAACGCAAAGUUAAAUUGGACCUGUAUGUCAUAACCUACCCCUCUAUGAUAUCAGAAUUGCAGACAUGAGCCACUCCAGAAGUUCUUUUUAUGGUGCAUUCAGAAUGAUUUGUGCCCAUGAUGCUACUGGGGCAGUCACACACUAUUCCAUUCUCAAUACCAUUUGUAUGUGCAUGGUCAUACUGUUUAAUUUCUAAUCACUGCACAUCCCAUUACUUCUAGCUGAAACCCCACAGUUUUUCAUACCACAAAUGUCCUGGUUUAUUUUCAUCCCACAGUAGAAUGCAGUAGAACUGGAGAAGCAUCACAGAAGAAAUGAAACCAGGAUAAAUCCAUCACUAAUGCAGUGUUAUAGUUUGAAGAACAUGUUGCACAAAUGAACCUGCAAUAAAACACCAGUCUGGAGGGGCCCUUGGUUUCAGAAUGAUGAAAACAUUCUCAAUUAGCUUUUGAAACUUGGCAGGAACAGGGUGGAGUGGAGGAAGUUUUAGUCCCUCCACACCUUUCAUCCUAACACAAGACAGGAAAGGUGUCAAACCUGUGUCUCUAGACCUCAUUCUUUCAUUCUGACAAAGAAUAUGCUAACAAAGAGCUGGGAGUGGGGAGGACUCAGUGAGUGGUUGUGUGAAUGUAUUAGGAAGGCUGCGGCUGCUGUGUCUGUGUGAAGCAGGCCUGUCAAUGAUCCAAUGGGGCUCUUCGGAGAUUCUUAUGUAAAAACUUUCCAUAUAUGACCAUUUGCUUCUUUCUUCUUUGCUUCCUAGCUCUUCAAGCUCCUUGGACUGAGAAUGGGCUCACUUGCCCAAAAGGAUGUUAUGCUCAGACGGAGAAGGAGUGCACGGAUGGACCGGUCUUAUGCACAGAUGGUCAAAGGAAUUGCAUCACUGUAGAAGGAAGCUCUGGUAAGGGACUCUGAAGGGACUAAGCAAAGGAGGAGGGAUUCUGUGGGGUGGGGAGAGCAGGUGGGAGGGGAAUGCUGCCUCUGGAGGAUCUAGAGGUGGACCAACCAUCAGGCAAGAUGAGAUGACUAUCUCAGGCAGCAGAGCAAGAGACUUGCAGCCCUGACUCUUGGAGAACCAUCUUCCAGGAUGUUCUCUGGUGCAAGCAUCAUUGAAAUGAACAAGUGCUGUGCCAGAGCAUGGUGGGAUUGCACCCAUGAUAAGGUGCUAAUGGCAUGUGUGCAUCAUCCUUUGGAGUGCUAAAGUGUCAUGAGUGUGUGAUUGAGUCUGGGCCCAUUCACAUAAGUCCUUCUCAUUUGAGUAGAACUUGGAACAUUUAGAAGCUAAAUGUUGGAACAUUUCAGAUGGGCAAAAGAAAAUACUUUGUCACCCAGUGCAUAGUUGAAUGAUGGGAACUGGUCCUACAAGACAUAGUGAUGAUGGCCACCACACUGGAUGGCCUUCAAAAAGUAUUAGACAGAUUCAGCAUAAUGAUAAGCCACAUGGGCUUUCUUUUGCAACCAGUGUUGAAGAAAUAUGACUCUGAAUACUAUUGACUGGUAUGCAGAGUUAGCACACAGCUUGGAGGUUUUCAGCUUCUGAAUACUUGUUAGGAGAGGAGGAUUACUUUGAUGCAGUCACACAGAGAGGCACUUGGCAUUGGAGAAUAAGUAGCGGGUUUAUUAUUGGAAAUGCAUGCUUGGAUAGGAAAGAGGUUUCUUUUUCUCCCUAGCACAGUUGGACUCCAUGGCAGCCAUGUUGUGAACAUAAAAUACAGUGGUACCUCGGGUUACAGAUGCUUCAGGUUACAGACUCCAUUAACCCAGAAAUAGUACCUCGGGUUAAGAACUUUGCUUCAGGAUGAGAACAGAAAUCAUGCGGUGGCGAUGGGAGGACCCAUUAACUAAAGUGGUACCUCAGGUUAAGAACAGUUUCAGGUUAAGAACAGACCUCCAGAACGAAUUAAGUUCUUUACCCGAGGUACCACUGUAAGAUGUUGAUGGUUGUGACAACCAAAUAUGUCACCUUGAGCUCCUAGCAGUAAAGGUGGGAUACCUUUUUCAGAUGGAGGAUUAAUUUUUUAAAAAAACAACAACAAUCAAUGUAAAAAUAAAUUGUGAAUGUGUUGACUGACCCAAGCUCUUUUGAGAAGAAGGGUGCUAUAAAUAUUUAACAAUUAUAUAAAUUUGCUUACCAGAGGUCAGGUGCCUGUGAUGAGUGGAGCAGAAUCAGAAGUGGGUGGAGCAAAAACAUUGAGGUCCCCCCCCCCCAUUUCACAUGCACAACAUGCAGCCAUCUUUCUCCUCUGUCCAGGCAAGCAAGUGUUCUAGCCCCAAAGGAGGGUGAUGAGUAGGCUGGUUAUGGAUGUGGUCUGGGGGGGACAGGCUGCACCCCAGAAGGAGUUAUAGCUCAGGGAGAAUCACAGGCUCGGAAAUAAACCCCUGAAAUAAAAAAAACUGAGAAUUUGCCAAGUGUCCCCAAGUUGAACCACUUUCGCCCAUAUCUGUUUUUCUCAUCUGCCUCUUCCUCUCCUCCCCAAUCCAGCCCAGGGCCAGGUUAAGAAUGGAUGGAUCCCAAUUGUUGCAAAAUUAUUUCCACUGUGGCUGAGGAACAGACACUCGUGGUCUCAGAGGUCUGAGCCCCAGGUUCUUUCUUUGGCAGACCCCAGAUUUCCCAGCCUUUCCCUGUUUUUUCUUUCAGUUUGCUAUAAAGGUGGCUGGGUGUUCUGCAAAACACCAUGGGCACCAUGGGACCCCAGGCAACUACUAUAUAGAAAUACAAAUUCUGAAAAUAUAAGGUUCUACAAUCAAUUAGCAUAGGACUGACCAUAGGCAGAGCCCAUGGCAGGCAGAGUAACUAGUCCUAGUUUUGUACCCAUCUUCCUCCCUGUUCCGAUCUACAAGAGCCAAUGCCCCUAAGGAAAAGGAAGCAGAUGGUGAAGCUCAUCCGUUGGACUGGUUGUGAGUCAGAAGGCAGGCCGGUGGGGGCUGGGUGAGGGCAGAUUGACAUUGACAGGGCCAUGCCCCAUUUGUUUUCCUAGAGCAGCUACCACUGACACCUGCUGAUGAUCCCCAUAUUUACCUGCAGGUGCCAAGACGUUCGUCCUGCAUGGUUGUGGAACAAGCAAUAUGUGCGGUGUAGAAAACUAUGCAUUGACAAUUGGAGGAAUCCCCUACAAUAUCAAAACAAUAACAUGUGUCCCUGCUGCGUAA